AUGGCUCCGGACCCCAGAGCCGGCCGCAGCCUCCUGCUGCUCAUCUGCUGCCUCGCUGCCGCCCACGCCGAGCUACUGGGCCUGAACUGGCUGUGGUCCCCGAGGACAGCGGGUCCCACGGCGGCGCUGACCUCCGAGCCCCUGAAAAGCCCACCUGUGCAGCCCACGGCAGACCCCACCACACACGGGGCCCCCCAGGAUGGCCCCACAGAGGGGACGACCGCCGCGGCUAUACCUGAGCCGCCCCUGGAGGAGCUGGAGGCUGGCCAGGGCAGGGACCCCACUGCUCCUGCCGCCCUCACCUGGAGUCCAGACACGAGGGAAGAGAACAUUGCCGGCGUGGGAGCCAAGAUCCUGAACGUGGCCCAGGGCAUCCGGAGCUUCGUCCAGCUGUGGGAUGAUGCCGCCCCCAGCAAGAGCCCCACCGGGGCGGGUACCUUGGCCCCCGAAGUCCCCACGGACCCCCUCACUCUUCCUGAGUCCUCCAGCACCCCCGCUGGGAGCAGAACGGCUCUCUGGCCGAGUAGCGCAGCCCCCAGCUCAUGGGACACCCCAAGGACCCAUCCCAGCACCUUGUCGGCGCCCACCCAGCUGCUCCCCUCCUUGGGCAGGCCCCGGGCCCCGCUCAGAGAGCCCUUGAUGCCCCUGCCGUCUCCAGGUACAGCGUCUUCUCCCUCCUCCCCGGGGUGGCCCCAGCAUCCGGACGGUCAAGAACUCCUGCCCGCAGCUGCCCUGCCCGGCCAGCAGCGCCAGCACACCGACGCCCCCUGCUGCACGCCUCAUCUGUCUCCCCUGGUGAUGGGCCCCGCUCACGCUGCCUCCUUCACCCUCUCCGCUGACCGCUUGGCCCUGCGUGGUAGGGGGGCCCUGUUUGGCGACCCUGGCGGUGAGGGCGGCCGCAUGCACACAGGCCACCCGGCUGAGCGGUCUCCGGUCUCAGCUUUAAUCAGGGACCUUGGUGAUUGGGGUUCUCACGUGGCUAAUUCUUCGGGUCCUGGUCUUGCUAACACCUCCGCACCGCUUCCCCCGGCCAGGCAGCCUGCUGGCCACUGCCGGCCGCUGCCACCCUCGAUGCUGCUCUGCCACCAUCUGGGCAUUAGCCUCGCCUGGCUGCCCAACCACCUCGGCCACCAGAGCGACGAGGAGGUGCGGGUGGCUGCGCGGGCCUGGGGGGACCUCCUUCAGACAAACUGCCACCGUUUCCUGGGGUGGUUCUUCUGCUUGCUGCUGGCCCCUCCUUGUGGUGCCGCACCAUCGCCUGGCCCGCCACCGUGCCGCCAGUUCUGCGAGGCCCUGGAGGACACGUGCUGGAGCCACCUGCAGGGCGGGAGGCUGCCCGUGGCCUGUGCCUCACUGCCCACCCAGGAGGAUGGGUACUGUGUGUUCGUUGGGGCGGCCGCAGAGAGAGUACUGGAAGAGGUGGGGCUCCUGCAGCUCCUCGGGGAGCCCCCGCCCCCACAGGUCACCCAGAUUGAGGACCCCGACAUUGGCCUGGCCUACACCUUCGGCCCGGACGCCAACAGUGGCCAAGUGGCCCGCUACCAUGUGCCCAGCCCCUUCUUCCAGGACUUCUCCCUGUUCUUCCAUGUGAAGCCGGCCACGGAGGGUGCGGGCGUGCUCUUCGCCAUCACAGAUGCGGCCCAGAUGGAGGUUCGCGUGGGUGUGAAGCUCUCGCACGUGCAAGAUGGGCAGCAGCAGAUCCAGCUCCUGUACACGGAGCCAGGUGCGGGGCGCACCCGCAUGGCAGCCAGCUUUCGCCUGCCCUCAUUCGCCCGCCAAUGGACCCGUUUCGCGCUCAGCGUGGACGGCAGCACCGUGGCGCUCUAUGUGGACUGCGAGGAGGUCCAGAGGCUGCCCUUCCAACGGGCCCCGGGGGGCCUGGAGCUGGAGCCCGGUGCCGGCAUCUUUGUGGGUCAGGCUGGAGGGGCCGACCCCGACAAGUUCCAGGCAUCAAUCGGCAUGAAGCUGACAGGCCCAGGGAAGUUAGGGCAGACCUGCUGCCUGGACGAGGCCUUUUCCUCCGCUGGGUGUGAAUCCAUUUCUCCGUGUCUGGCAGCAGCAUUUGUGGGGAGCCCUAAGGGUCUGCUGGAGCGAGCUCAGACCCUCUCUGGUGUGGAGCAGGCUAGAGAAAGCGACGCCCGUCCUGUGGGCUCAGACGUGGCUGCCGCAUGGGACGGCGUGGAAGAGGGGGGCCUGAGGCCCAGCUCUACAGGCCUGAAGGGGCAGAAAGGGGAGCCGGGCGCCCAGGGUCUGCCUGGCCCGGUUGGUCCCCAGGGUCCCCCAGGCCCAGCCGUCCAGAGCCCUGAUGGCACUGCCGCACAGCCUGUCCCUGGGCUGCAGGGACCCCCUGGACCCCCUGGGCCGCCAGGGAGGGAUGGCGCCCCAGGAAGGGACGGUGAGCCAGGAGAUCCCGGCAAAGAUGGAAGGGAGGGCGACACCGGCCCUCAGGGCUUCCCGGGAACCCCAGGAGAGAUGGGCCCCAAGGGUGAGAAGGGGGACCCUGGGGUUGGGCCACGUGGACCCCCUGGGCCCCAGGGGCCUCCAGGACCUCCAGGACCAUCUUUCAGACACGACAAGUUGACCUUCAUCGACAUGGAGGGGUCUGGGUUUGGCGGCGACCUGGAGACCGUUAGGGGCCCACGAGGCUUCCCCGGCCCCCCUGGCCCCCCCGGUGUCCCAGGCCUGCCCGGUGAGCCAGGCCGCUUUGGGGUGAACAGCUCGGACGUUCCAGGGCCUGCAGGCCUCCCCGGUGUACCUGGGCAAAAGGGGCUCCCUGGGCAUCCCGGCCCUCCAGGACCCCCAGGUCCUCCCGGUAAAGAGGGGCGGCAAGGAGAGAAUGGCCAGAAAGGAAGCCUCGGUGAAGCAGGUGCCCCAGGACCUAAGGGAGACCAGGGAGACCUUGGCCCUGUUGGUGCCCCUGGGAAGGAUGGCCUGGCAGGAGACCCUGGACCAGCCGGACCUCAAGGGCCCCCAGGUCCCCCUGGGCCCCCAGGGCCGCCUGGGCCAGGAUUUGCAGCGGGAUUUGGCGACAUGGAAGGUUCUGGAGGGCCCUUCUGGUCGACAGCCGAAGGCUCCACUGGACCACAGGGACCGCCCGGUGUGCCAGGACUCAAGGGGGAUCCCGGAAUGGCUGGGCCGCCUGGGGCCAAGGGGGAAACGGGAGAGAGCGGUGCCUCCGGGUUCCCUGGCCUCCCCGGCAGAGAGGGCGCAGCCGGGCCGCAGGGACCAAAGGGGGACAAAGGAAGUCAAGGAGAAAAGGGCGAGCCGGGCAAGGAUGGCGUGGGGAAGCCGGGACCCCCAGGGCCUCCCGGAAUCCCGGGGCCUGUUCUCUAUGUGUCGUCGGAGCAGGACAAGGUGGUCGCCAGUGUGCACGGAACCAAGGGCACGCCCGGGCACGCAGGCUUUCCUGGACCGACCGGCCCAAAAGGCGACCUGGGCUCCAGAGGCGAGCCUGGCCUCCCAGGACAGAAGGGUGAAAAGGGCGAGCCUGGAGCCAACUUCAGCCCCGAGGGCAGCGUCCUGGCCGAGAAGGGAGCCAAGGGUGAGCCGGGAUUCCGAGGACCCCCAGGCCCCUAUGGACGGCCUGGGCACAAGGGCGAGAUCGGCUUUCCCGGACGGCCGGGUCGCCCAGGGAUGAAUGGACUGAAGGGGGAGAAAGGGGAGCCAGGGAAUGCUGCCACUGGAUUCAGCUUGAGGGGUCCGCCCGGCCUCCCAGGGCCUCCAGGGCCCCCAGGCCCUCCUGGGACGCCCGCCUAUGACAGCAAUGCAUUUGUCAACUCUGGCCGCCCUGGGCCUCCAGGAUUGCCAGGGUUCCAGGGGCCUUCUGGACCGAAGGGAGACAAAGGAGAAGCGGGCCCACCCGGUCCCCCAGGGCAGUUCCCAUUUGACCUUCUGCAGUUGGAGGCUGAGAUGAAGGGCGAGAAGGGUGACCAAGGGGACCCCGGGCAAAAAGGAGAGAGGGGAGCACCAGGAGGCGGCGGAUUCUUCGGCUCCAGUGUGCCAGGCCCCCCUGGUCCUCCUGGCCCUCCGGGCUACCCUGGGAUUCCGGGCCCCAAGGGAGAGAGUAUCCAGGGUCAGCCUGGCCCACCAGGUCCUCAGGGACCCCCCGGCAUCGGCUAUGAGGGACGCCAGGGGCCUGCCGGGCCUCCCGGACCCCCAGGACCCCCAGGACUCCCCUCAUUUCCCGGCCCUCACAGGCAGACAAUCAGCAUUCCUGGCCCUCCUGGCCCACCUGGUCCCCCGGGGCCCCCUGGAACCACGGGUGCAUCCUUGGGCGUGAAGAUCUGGGCCACGUACCAGACCAUGCUGAACAAGGUACAUGAGGUGCCCGAGGGCUGGCUCAUCUUUGUGGCUGAGCGGGAGGAGCUGUACGUCCGCGUCCGGAACGGGUUCAGGAAAGUUCUGCUGGAGGCCCGGACGCCACUGCCCCGCGGGACGGACAAUGAAGUGGCCGCCCUGCAGCCCCCUGUGGUGCACGAGGGCCACCUAUACUCCUGGCAGGAGCCCUCCCACUCUACAGCACGACCCUGGAGGUCAGAUGGCAUCCUGGCCAACCCCCCACGCCUGCCGGACCCCCAGCCCUACCCUGGAGCCCCGUACCACAGCUCCUACGUGCACCUCCAGCCAGCUCGCCCCACCAGCGCACUUACGCAUGCACACCAGGACUUCCAGCCGGUGCUCCACCUGGUCGCCCUCAACAGCCCGCUGACGGGCGGCCUGCGCGGCAUCCGUGGCGCCGACUUCCAGUGCUUCCAGCAGGCACGGGCCGUGGGGCUUGCCGGCACCUUCCGUGCCUUCCUGUCCUCGCGGCUGCAGGACCUGCACAGCAUCGUGCGCCGUGCUGACCGCGGGGGCGUGCCCAUCGUCAACCUCAAGGACGAGGUGCUCUUCUCCAGCUGGGAGGCCUUGUUCUCGGGCUCCGAGGGCCAGCUGAGGCCUGGGGCCCGCAUCCUCUCCUUUGACGGCAGGGACAUCCUGAGGCACCCUGCCUGGCCCCAGAAGAGCGUGUGGCACGGCUCGGACCCCAGCGGGCGCCGGCUCACCGAGAGUUACUGCGAGACAUGGCGGACAGAGGACGCGGCCGCCAGGGGCCAAGCCUCCUCACUGCUGGCGGGCAAGCUGCUGGGGCAGACGGCCGAGAGCUGCCGCAAUGCCUUCAUCGUCCUCUGCAUUGAGAACAGCUUCAUGACCACCUUCUCCUAG